ACAAUUGGAGAUGAAGUCAGACCUGUGAAAUUCCCUUUGGUUGUGAGCACAUGGCCCUUCAAGGAAGCUGUUAGAGCAGCAUGGAGGACUGCAGAGAGUGGGCUUUCGGCGAUUGAUGCAGUCGUAGAAGGCUGCUCUGCAUGUGAGCUACUGAGAUGCGAUGGUACAGUUGGUCCUGGUGGAAGCCCAGAUGAGAAUGGAGAAACUACAAUUGAUGCGAUGGUCAUGAAUGGGGUGACAAUGGAGGUUGGAGCAGUUGCUGCAAUGCGGUAUGUCAGUGAUGGCAUCAAAGCUGCUAGAUUAGUAAUGCAGCAUACAGAACACACUUUGCUUGUCGGAGAGCAAGCAUCAAGAUUUGCAAUAUCUAUGGGUCUUCCUGGCCCCACUAACCUAAGCUCUGAAGAAUCUAUAGAGAAGUGGGUUAAUUGGAAAAAGAAUAGUUGCCAGCCAAAUUUUCGGAAAGAAUGUGCUGCCAGUUAAUGACUGUGUCCAUAUCAUCUGAAUAGUACCACGAACCUGGGUGAGAAAUUUUUCUCGAACAAUGAGAGGGUUGGUCUUGAUGCAUCUAGGCCAAACCAUUUUGGUCUCCAUAACCAUGAUACAAUAGCAAUGGCUGUUAUUGACAAAAAAGGACUUAUAGCUGUUGGUACCUCAACGAAUGGUGCCACCUUUAAGAUCCCUGGCAGGGUUGGUGAUGGACCUAUUGCCGGUUCUUCUGCAUAUGCUGACACAGAAGUAGGAGCUUGUGGGGCAAGUGGCGAUGGUGAUAUCAUGAUGCGCUUUCUCCUUGCUAUCAAGUCGUGGAGAGUAUGAGGCUAGGCAUGGAACCUAAGCUUGCUGCUGAAGACGCCAUUGCAAGAAUUGCAAGGAAAUACCCUCAUUUUGUCGGAGGCGUUUUUGCAGUCGACAAGAAUGGCAUCCAUGCAGGUGCAUGCCAUGGUUGGACAUUUCAGUACUCAGUGAGGAGCCCUGACAUCGCUGAUGUGCUGGUUUAUACCGUAAACCCAGUAAAAUCAACAGCUUGA